AUGGACGGGGGCGGCAGCUGUGCGGAUCUACUCUACCGCAAGCGGGGCAGAGUCUUCCCCGAAACCGGGUGCGCCCUGGAUAACCUGUCCCUAGAGGUGAACGCCCUGACGUCACCGCUGGAAGGGGGCGACGUCUUCGUUGCCAGCUUUCCGGUCGAGGGGAGUUCCAGUAGCUCGGGAGGGGGGCACAUCGUGGCAAAGCAACCGGCGGCGGGGUCCCCAUCCUUACAGCUGGAAGUCGGCCUUCUGGUCCCCGGAGCGCAAUUCACGGACCCGUCGAUGUCGGCAUCGACACCCGCUGUCGAAGACGGAGAAAAAUCGGCAGCAGCAGCAGCGGCGGCGGCGGCGGGUUCCGACGGAGGACGAGAGUGCUCCAGGGCUAGGGUGGAGGUCCGCGUCGAUGGCGGUGGCGGCGGCGGCGAGAACGGAGGGCAAGGCACUGGUGGGGCGGCGGCGGCGUUGGGGCCGAUCGUGACGGUGACGCGGGAGCGCAAGUAUCGCGACGACUUCGACGACGGCUUGCUGUACAAGGGCGGCGGGCUAGACUCCCAAAAGCUGCGCGGUCUCCUGCGGUCCAAGUGCUUCGCCGAGUACGAGGAAUCCCCGACGACCGACGACUUGGCGGGGAACUGGGUCUCAGGACCGGGGCACUGGCAGCUGUUCCGCACCCACGCUGCGGGCGGCUCGGCCCCCCGCGCGUGCGCUCCCACGGGCGGCGGCGGCGCAACCUUCGACCGAGAGACCGCCGGCAUCAAGACCCUGCUGCUGCCCGGCGGCAUCACCGUGCGCUCGGGGCCGUGGCUCGGCGCCGCCGCGGCCGACGGGACCUCGAGCGCUCCGGAAAAAAGGUGGGGCGCCGCCGGGGCGGCGCUGGCCGGCGAAACGGCUGGGUUUCCCACCGAGGAGGCGGAGCCCUGGGCGGUGGAGGUGGGGUGGUUCGUCGUGGAGGGUGGCGAGGGGGGAGCGAGCGCCGCCAUCUCGAGGGAGAAGCGGGAGGUCCUGACGACCGUGGUGGACGCGAGGACGAUGACGCCGCUGGGGGCAUGGAGAGGGGACGAGAGGCGGGGUUGA